UUCCAUUCCGUCUGAUUUGAAGUCGCUCCGGUAGAUGGCGCUAAAGCAACACGGAGAAGUCGGUUCUGAUCCGAGUUGAUCGUCAAAGAAGAAUCCAACAUGGCGUCUGUGAACAGCGACGAGUGGAGAGCCGUUUGCCACAAAUUCACCAACGCCCAGAACCUCACUCUUGUGGAAUCACGAAACGACCCCGAAAAUGAGCCGUUCCGCUCCAAAUACAAGGCCAGGGAGCUCCUCGCAGAGAUUUACUGCGCGCUCAAGAGCUUCGAGGCCGGCGAAGAGGAGAGCGGCGCGGACAGCGGCGGGCGGCCGCCGACGGAGCCCCCGGUGGACGGGCAGCGGGAGGCCGGGUUCGGGCCGGGCUUCGGGGGGGACUCGCCUGCCGGGCUGCGGGCCGCCAGACUCGGGGCCAUCGAGUACUAUCUGGGCGUCAACCACGUCGACACGGAGGAGCUGUCGGCCGGGCAGGAGCAUCUGAUGAACUGCAUAAAACUGCUCGAGAGAUGCAGCGUGUCGUCGGAGAACGUGUCUCUGUUCAUCCACGCCAGGAACCAGUUGGGUAUCCUGUGGGCAGGCCGGAAUGAGACUGAGACAUCUCAGGGAUUCCUGGAAACAGCAGAAUCCAACUACCAACGCUAUAUGAAGGAGGAUGGGAGUCCACCUACCGAUAUGACGGAGUACUUCACUACUGAGGAGAACCUGCUGACACAUCAGGAAAGGACCAAGAGGUUUGAGUUGGCCUACACUCACACCAUGUAUUACCUUGCUCAAGUCUAUAAAAACCUUGGUGAAACUGAGCGGGCUGCCACCUACUGCCACAGCACCCUGCAGAGACAGCUGCAGUUAAAUCAGUUCAGUCCAAUGGAGUGGGCUCUGAAUGCCGCUACACUGUCACAAUAUUACAUCACUAAGGGCCUUUACAUGGAAGGGAGACAUUGUCUCUCUGCAGCUACUGUCGUAUCAGAUUUAGCAGGGGAGGCUCCAUCUGAGGCUGCAGCACAAGAAAGUGAGGCAGAGAGUGAGCGCAGGGAGCAGCUCAGACAGAAGAGAGCUGAGAUUGCAAGAUGUUGGAUCAAAUAUUGUCUCAACCUCCUUCAGGACUCAAAGAAGCUGCUGGAGGACAGCAUUGGGGAGCUCGACACUGAUCGUCAAGAAGCGAUGAAGAUGGCGAGGAGACGUGAGGAAGACGAGGAAGAGAAGGGCAGGAAAAGCGCGCUGCUGUUUGGCUCUGAGGACACUUUUGACUCCAUUGCAAGUCUGGAAGAGAAGGUUUGCUGUUCGCUGCCAUUAGACUUCACUGAGGCCAGAGCGGUUUUUCUGGUGGGACAGAAUUAUGUCACUCAGGCCAAGGAGUACUUUGAGAUGGACGGCUAUGUGACGGACCAUGUAGAGAUCUUGCAGGAUCACAGUGCUCUGUUCCGCUCCCUUGCUUUCUACGAAGAAGAUCUGGAGCGACGCUGCAAGAUGCACAAACGCAGAGUUGACAUGCUGGAGCCCAUCUGCAAUGACUUGAACGCCCAGUACUACCUAAUGAUCCGCAGACAGAUGAUGUUUGAGUUGGCUGAGAUCUACAAUGAAAUGAUGGACCUAAAACUGACGCUGGCCAACAGACAAGCUGAUUCAGAGACUCUAGAUAGCCACACCAUUAAGAAAUUCAACCAUCUCUGCUCUGCCUCUGCCAAAUACUUCCAGAUGUUCCUAGACUCUCUGUGUUCUCCAGAGGGUAAAAUUCCAGAGCACCUAGAAGAGGAGGUGCUCAGACCGGCUCUGGUGGCCCGCUUCAGAGUGGCCCGGCUCUACAGCCGCCUGAUCAGCUCUUCGCCCUCUGCUCAGCUGGAAAACCUCGACAAAUCUCUGGAGCACUACACAUACGUGGUGCAGUACUGUGAGGCCCACCCUGAGGCAGUCGCCGCUGUGGAGACGGAGCUGGAGCUGAGCAAAGAGAUGGUCGGUCUGCUCCCGCUCAAAAUCAACCGGCUCAAAGCAAAGAUGGCUGCCAACAACUGAACGAGGUCUCUGUUCACUGGCUGACGGCUUUCUAGUAGUGUUAAAACCAUUCAAAUGAGCCAUUAACUCUCAAAAUACUACCUUUUAAAAUCCGUGUCCACCCCAACAAAUAUAGGGACUGGAUGGCUGACUUUCUGGCGUAUUGAUGUCGUUUUGUUUUGUGCAAAUUGUAUGCUUUUUACACAACACCGUCAAACCCAUAAUGCACUUUACAGAUGUGCUUUCCUCUCCUGAAGUAAAAUGCGUGGUCAAUUAAUUUUCAUUCAUUCAUAUAGCACAGUAAUUCUACUCAAUGUAUUUAAAACUGUUUUUCUCGUACUACUAAAAAAUAAUUGACACUUUGAAUUGAACUUUGACUGUUUUUGGCUUCACGUCGACGCUCUCUUCUCAACCAGAAUGGUGUGAAGAAUCGCUAAAAUGUCUUACGGUCUAUUGGCGGGAAAAAAAGUAACUGCUUGGAAUAAGACUGUCGCCUUAACAUUCCUGCGAUGGAUGUGUGCAAAACUGUUUUUUAUUUAUUUUGUUUCAUUUUAUAUUCCUGUUUUCUGUGACCGUAGUCGCACUCACACAGGUUCUCUAUUCUUAAUCUUUGGUUUUCAUUUAAUGUGGCUUUUAUUGUGUAAAGCACUUUGGCACAUUACAAUUCUGUUCAUCCAUGUACUUUAUGUAUUGUGGGCAGCCAGAGGUACAUAAAGCUGUGUUGACUCAGUUUGGACAACAGACAGGAAGGUUGUUUCUGCAAAUUGUCUGAACCGUCUGUCAACAGGUGUCCCAGCGACCAACAUUAAGUGGACUUAACAAUGUUGGUUUAUGAAUAAUCUGCAUGAUGCCAGCCUCAUCCAGUUGAACCUCUGUAUGGUCAUUUUAUGUCUGUAUAUAAUAGAAAUAAACAAAUGAAGUAAUACACA